UUAUUGUAUUAGUGUAUGGGAUUUUUUUUCUUCAUUAAUUGGAUUGUUGUGUGUGAUUAACAAGGAGAAACCGUUGCAUUUUGUUCUGUGCCGAGUGACAUGAAUAUCUAGUUUAUCAAAGGACUUUACACAAAAUGUCGGACUCUGGUGGCACAGACAACCCUGCAUUCAGCAGUGAGGAAGAAUCUCACGAAAACAGCUGCACGGAGAGUAAUCGGGAGGAUCAGAGAAGCAAGUCACCAGACAAUAACACUUCCUCACAAGUUGGCAAUGGACAUUCCUUCGUGUCCCAGCACUAUGUAGAGCCAACUAGGAAAGAUAGUGAUGCUCAAUACAAGACUGAAACAAGAAUCGAAGUGCCUGGGGAUACGGAGAAGAGUCAAAAUCCAGCUAAGGUCAAUGGAGUACAUGCCAAUGGGAACAACGAUGAUGCGAGCUUUUUGAAUAAUAGUGUUGCCAGUGUACAGGCUAAUGAUGGUAAAAAGGAGCAAAUUGAGGCCGUGAAUCUCGAGCUUGUGUCAAUGAGGCCCUACGCAACCGGAAACAAUCACCAAAAGGGGCAGGAAGCGUGUGAUUUACCAAAUGAUCCAUAUGAAGAGUACUUUGUACCAGUCAAUGAACAUCGGAAGUACAUCAGAGGUGAAAAGUUAUACGUCACCAAGGAUAAGAGGUCAAAGAGUUCGUACUGGAGGAGAAUAGCCUGUUGGAGUUUUGGCUUAACCGUACUAGCGGUGGUUCUCAUAAUAGCAAUAUUAGCAGCCACCGGUGUUAUCCUAACGCAAGAGGCAACUCAACCACUGGACAAUGCACAACCGAGUUACGACGGUGUCAAAGCCGCCGGAAGCAAGGAAUUCAUUAAGAAUCCACCGUCAAGUCCACCACCGGAAACGUCUAGUUUCACACCAUGGCCAACGACCGACGAGACUAUUUUCAAAACAGUACCUGAAGCAUUGAAUGGCAUUAUCUGGUUGGAUAACCUCACGUGGAACGAUGAACUCAUGGAUCCAAAAUCUAGGGUUUACCGAGACGUAUCCGCUGAAAUUGAGAACAAUAUUCGUGAGAAUCUGUUUCCAUCGUCUGCUUCUGUUAUCAAAGUAUACAAUAUUACAAAUGAGGGUCGGGUGAUGUUCAGGAUCAGUUAUCCGCCAACACCCACUCCGGAAAUUAUGCAAGAGAGCAUUGAAAAAAUGCUGCGAGAGAAUGGUAAUACCAUUGGAAAAUACCACCUCAGUAGAGUUGAUAUGAAGCCUUUGAUCGAUGAAUGUCAAUACGAAAAUAUGGGUUGCUCUGGGGAUUGCAAGUUUGAUUACGUGAAUAGUGUAUUCAUGUGUGCUUGUCCAUCCGAAAAGACUCUCGACACCACUGGAAAGAACUGCAUUCAGGAUGGUGACUUGAGUGAUGUUGGAAUGGAGGUUGAACAACCGAAACUCACAACAAUCGAAAACACGGUUCAGGGACGAAGUAGCCCAUCAUUCUUCGAACCCCGAGGACAUGAUCACCACGAUCCCUGGCGGCAUGAGCAUGAUCACCACCACGAAAUUCACGCAACUGUUGAGCCUGUUGGGGAGCCGGAACCGGAAGCAACUCCAACUCAUACUACGAGUACUGAAUCAGCUCCAAUUGAAUCGUCACCAGAGCCAAGUUCUUCACCCGAACCUUCUGGUGUUCCUGCAUCAGAACCGAAACCAUCAGCUGAACCCACUUCUGAACCGGAACCGUCGACAGAGCGCUCACUGUUCGUUUCUGAAACAGAGGCAUCUGCAGAACCAAAAUCCUCACCAGAGCCGACUAGUGAACCCAUUGCCGAGAGCGAGCCGUCCCCUGAGCCGGAGCUUCCUGCGGAACCCGCGAGUGAACCUUCACCAGAGCCGAACUCCGAAGCGGAACCGACAAGUGAACCCGUUCCUUCUGACAGUGAACCCUCUGCAGAGCCAAAGCCUGUGGCAGAACCAACGAGUGAGCCAAUUCCAGAGGCUGAACCAUCUGCAGAACCGGUUACCGAACCGGUUUCUUCUGCUACUGAACCAUCUGCAGAGCCAAAGUCUACAAUGAAACCUUUGAGUGAACCUGUUCCCCACGGUGAACCGUUCGCAGAACCAACGAGCGAACCGAUUUCAGAGGCUGAACCGUCGGCAGAACCUGUCACCGAACCAGUUCCUUCUGCAACUGAACCAUCUGCAGAGCAAAAGUCUACAACGGAACCUUUGAGUGAACCUGUUCCCCACGGUGAACCAUCCGCAGAACCAACGAGUGAACCGAUUUCAGAGAGUGACCCGUCUGCAGAACCGAAGCCUGAAGUGGAACCGACAGGUGGGCCGAUCCUUCUGAGUGAACCAUCUGUAGAACCUACUAGUGAGCCGAUUCAUCCCAGUGAACCAUCUGGCGAACCUUCAAGUGAACCCAUCUCUCCCAGUGAACCACCUGCCGAACCCACCAGUGAACCCUCCCCCGAGCCUACAUCCGAACCAAUUCUUCAGAGUGAACCAUCUGCAGAGCCAAAACCUGAAGCAGAACCUAUAACAGAACCAACGCCGAGUGCUGAACCCUCUGUGGAACCUGCAGGGGUGCCAGAACCCUCUUCAGAACCGGCAUCCGAGCCUGAACCCUCCCCUGAACCUUCCUCGGAGCCCAAGGCUCUCGACGAUCCUCUCGGAGUCAUCCCCCUGGGGGCAGACCCUACAACUGACGUCUCCAAGACUACUACACCUUCUCCAAUGGACACCUUUACCAGUGAAAAAUCAAAAACCCCAAUGGAGAUGAUUCCAACGACCACAUCUGAGCCAAUCCCGUCAGAGUCCGCUCACCCCUCUGAUGGACUAUAUCCACAUUCCAGGGCUGCAGAUGGAACAUAUAUCGAAGCUGAAGGUGACGAAGCCUCCGUGACUACGUCCUCACCGAUGUUAUCAGACGCAAGAUCCCCAACAGAUAUUCCAGAAGCUGCUCACCUCACGGACCCCGCACCAACGUCUACUGAAUCCUCCUUACAAAACACUCUAAAUGGCUCUCUUAAAUUACCGGAAAAUAUUUCGAAGAACAUUGAACCCUUGAAUGAGCCCUUGAACAUCCCAACGUCGACAGAACCUCCGACAACAACGGAAAGACACGAUAUCCAUCACAUCCAUGAGAUUAUCCCAGAAUUGACCCCUGAACACGUGCCACAUGGAACCGUAGAGAAAGCUGCAGAUGCAGGACAAAUGACCACAACAGCCCUCCCACCUCACUCAGAAGAGACACCUGAAUUCUCAACGACUCAUCCAUUGCACCCAAUAAUCCUCGCCCACGGCGCCUCCGAGAACUCAACGGAGAAGGCUCCACCAGCGGAAGAAAAACACCAAGAAGACAUGUCACCCUUCCUACCGGACGUGGUACGUGAAAAGGAGAUGCCCAAGAAGGCACCGCGACUAGACAAGGACGAACAGGACUUCCCGAAUCCAUUCGAACCAGCAGUGGUCGAGGAUGUGAUAAUUCAUCAUGAGAAUCAUAAAAAUGGAAGUGAGUUCACGGACUUGACCAACGAGGUAGGACAAUCCCACGUUGUUCAACAGACUGGAACAGCGCGCGAGGAGAACAUAAGUGUGGUGGACAGUGUAACGAUCAUGCCGACAACAGAGAAUGACACGCAUGCAGUAGACAAGAGCACUGAGACAUCGUUGAGCGUUGAGGACCUUGAGGCACGACAAACCGAUGACAGAAAUGAUACGGAUAUUAGCCGGGUUAAUGACCUGAGUGUCAGAAUGAAUGAUGAUAUUAAAGUUAAUUUCACUAGCACCGAAAGUGCUGAUGCGUUUGAUUUGCAAAAGGUCGGUUCAUCGGAGAAUGUAACAAUGGACGUAAUGACUACCGAAAGGCCACACGAACCCAGCAAAUUCGAGGACAAUGCGGUUGAGGAUCAAUACAAUGAUAUAGUCGAUGAAACCGUAUCCAAGGAUUUAAAAGGAAAAUUAAAGACGGGAAUAGUUAGCGAGCAAAUUGAAAACACGAAAGUGAUUCAGCAAACAACUAAACCAGAGCCAGAAACUAGUAUUGAGACAGAAAUUCAGACAUCGCUGCCGCAAAUCGAGAACAUAACGUCUAGGGCUGACACUAAAGGAACUCCAGUCACUGUGGAGAAGCAGAACGAAGAGAGCAACAGAUUCACAACGGAAAUUCCAAUUCUACCCAUCGAGAUACAGCAGGACUUGUCGACAACCGAAACAGCUGAGAAAAUUGGAUCAACAGUUUCAAUCGUAGGUGAUCCUGAAGGCAAUUCACUGACAACAACUCAGUCAUCUACUCUAGAAACAAAAACGACAGCUCAAGUGCCAAUUUUACCCGAAGAAUUCCAGACAACAGAGUCCAAUGACAUUAUGAGCACAACCCAGCAGAUGACAGUGAUUUCCAAUGAGACAUCGACCACACCGCCAAUUACCGAAGAAAUUUCUGAACAAUCAACGACAAAUUCCAUUGAAGUCAGGAGUACAACGGAGAACAUUGUAAUGACCGCAAGUGAUCCAACCCCACCCAUUAGCGAUGUGAUGCAUAAUGAUGAGGACAAUAAAACAACAACCGAAACAGUUACAUCACCAACAGUAGACAUCAAACCAGUUUCAGAGGCGAUUGUUGAUGACCCUGAGCCAGUCACUUUCGAUCGCAGUCGUUUCUUCACCACGACCACUGCACAGCCACUUGCGGAGGAGAUUCCGGAGGAGUUAUUGAGAGUUAUUCCGCUUGAUGAGGGGGAUGAACUCGUUGAGACAACAAUAAUCCCAGAAACAAUAGAAAGACAAAUGACAGAAACAGAAUCAGCCACCACAACUGAAAAACCCCCCUCGGUACCAAAACUGAAGAUCGUCGAGAUUACUCCCGAUAAUGACGGUCCACAAACGAAUGACUCAAUCAGGCAUUCAUCCACAGAAUCUCCUAAAAUGGAAAUGAAUGUGACUCCGUCUCGCACAACUCCAGAGAUAAUUCCAGUUUACGAAGAGGUUGAGGACGACAGUCUGAAUCCUUUCAUGAUAAACCCAUCUAAAAUAAUAACCACUACCGAAACAUUUACAGAAAGACCUGAACUCGGAGCCUCAUCAGAGGCCCCAUUACCAACAAUGUUAUUCUCAAAAUGCAAUGCCGGUCAGUUCCAAUGUUUGAACGGAACUUCGCGUGAUGGUGCCUAUUGCGUGGAUCUCUCCUCAAAAUGUGAUUCGGAGAACGAUUGCUCUGAUGGCUCUGACGAAAUCAACUGCCAGGAAGACGGUUGUCCCGGUAAUUUCCAGUGUGCCAGUGGCCAAUGUCUCAAGCGUCACCUGGUUUGCAAUGAAAUCGUCGAUUGCGACGACGGAAGUGAUGAGCAAAAAUGCAGCGAUUGGACCUGUCAUUUCGACGAGUUCAAGUGUCCCAACAACAGAUGCAUUCCCGAUCUUUGGAGAUGCGAUGGCAGGCCAGACUGCGAUGAUCAUAAGGACGAGUAUUCUUGCUCUGAAAGCUGUGGGAACAAUGAAUACCUCUGCCCCACUGAGAAUUGGUGUAUCCCACAGACAUUAAGGUGCAAUGGACUUCCUGAUUGUGCCAAUGGAGAGGACGAGAAACUGUGUGAUUGCACAGUCGACCAAUUCAAAUGUAGAACGGGAGGUUGCGUCAAUUCAGACCAAGUCUGCGAUGGCGUGGAGCAUUGCCCCGAUCAUUCUGACGAGUGGGACUGCCUCGUGGCAAAUUUCACCAUGGAUAAAACCUCGUCAGAGGAUAGAGAACACGUCACGACUCUAAAGAUCAAAAUGGGAAGUGAGAGGCUCUCCGUUUGCUCUGACAACUGGAGUAAAUCUCAAAGUGAUGAGUAUUGCAAAUCACUGGGUUUCUCUGGUUCUGACGUCACGCAAACAGCUGUCUACACUGAGGGCCAAGUUUUGAUGCUGAAGACACCGUCAGGUGGUUCCAAUCUCCUUGCUAAUCUUGUGAAGAGGGAUAGUUGUGAAUCUGGGGAGAUAAUCAAGGUGUCCUGCCAGGAAUUCACCUGUGGGUCUCAAGAGAGCGAGGGCCCCACUGCGAGAUUAGUCGGAGGUACUCCUGCUGGAGAGGGGCAAUGGUCGAGUGUAGCCCUUUUGAGGGAAGUCAAGAGUGGUGCUACGUGCACUGCAAGUGUUCUUGGGCCUAUGCAUGCUUUAGCAAGCUAUUCCUGCAUUUAUAAACACAGACAGAGUCCAAACUGGGAAUUGCAAACUGGAAGGGAUCUUCAGCAAUCAACCAAAGUCAAGAAUAUCGUUCCUUAUCCUGAAGUCAAAUAUAACCAGUUCCUGUAUGAUAAUGACUUUGUUCUUAUUGAACUCUCGGAGCCGCUGGUCUUUUCGAGAAAUAUCAGUGCUGUUUGUUUGCCCAGUCAGCAGUUCCAACCCAGGGCUCUCUGUGUCACUGCUGGCUGGGGAUUCCCCAUGAAUGGAGAUGUCAAUUUGAAGCUCAACUUCUUGCCAAUUCCUACUUAUGAUACUAAAGAGUGUAAUGCUACUAGUCAUUACGCUGGAUUUAUUAAGGAGAAUUAUAUCUGCGCUGGGUUCAUUGGAGCUGAUAAAGGAACAUGCUAUAAUGACGAAGGUGCACCAUUGAUGUGUGCAACAGAAACAGGCAGAUGGGAGAUCCAGGGUUUACUGAGUCACCACAGUAGAUGCUCAAGAGGCUAUCCAGCAAUCUACUCAAGUCUAGCACCUGUUAUAUCUUGGCUGCAUCACUCAAUCCCAGCACUCCAAACACGAGUUUGAAAUGUCGAUUAAUUUUCAAUCCUGUGAUUACAAUUCCGUCGAAAAAGAAAAUCAGGAGCCCAAUGAAUAUAUACUCGUUCUUCAUUAAAAAAAUUAAAUAAAAAAGAGAUAAUGUCUAUUCUCCCAUUCGAGGAAAUGUAAAUAUUGUAUAAAGUAACUUUGUUCAAUAAGAGUUAAGAAAAGAGAAAGUGAUUUUGAGAAUUGACGUUUGGUUGCAUAAUUCACGCAGUGGGUUUCAUAAUGCUCUAUCAGAAAAAUCAUUCAUAAAAUAAAAGAAAUUUCUAUUGAGAAAAAAACUAGGAAUGUAUGUAUAUAAUAGGUAUUAUUCAGUAAACGAAAGCAUAUAUACUGUUAUUGAAUUUUAUCUUAAGAAUUCCAACCUGAGCAGUCACUCACCUAUUUUAAUGCCUUUACUUCUCCAAACCUAACACUCCUUUGGAAAAUCCCAAAAAUAAACAAACCAAUAGACAAUCACAUCUUCCGUAUACUCUAUUUCUCUUGAAUGAAUAAUAUGAGUGACUGUCCAGAAAAAAAUGCUGUUAUUAUCAAUAACUAUGAAAUAUUGAAUAGUCAUGUUAUGUCCAAGUAUUUUUAUAUCACAAGUGAAUUUAAAUAAAUAUAAUAUCUAU